UGGUGUAGUAUGCUGAAUCGCGAAGAUUACAUGAGUAACAGAUAUAAUCAUAUAAUUGAACGAAUUCAGAACAGACAGGAGCAGCCGAGUUCUUCUGAGAGUCUUGUAGAAAGGCUGAGGAUGUUCAGACAAAAUACUCCCGUUAGAGGACCAAAGCGAAGGGGGCAAACAAGACUUGCAACUUUCAGAGUUGGUCUCUUCCUCCAUCCUGCUAUGGAAACAUUCCACCCACAUAAAGACUGCUGUAUGGAAUGUCCAGUGCAUAGAGAGAACUUCGCAGUGGGAGAGCCAGACAGACAUCUACCCUGUAACCACUUUCAUUCAGAAUGUAUUGUACCAUGGCUGGAAAUGCAUGUCCAGUGUGCAGGAAGAGUUUAAACGGAGAAGACGGCAGCAGCCAGACCCCAUCAGAAUAUCUGCCCUCUCCAUGGAUGCCGCAAACAGGAGAGAUUGUCCUUCUGAGACACCAGUCAUCCCUCGGUUCUUCACGCCUACAUCAAACACGCCGAGAAGACAAAGCGCUUGUCACGUUCUCUUUGCUAUCUGUUGCAGUCAUAAUCAUCUCAGUCUGAUAUUCCUUUGUAUUUCUUUGUAUUUGUUUAAUUUAUUUAAUGCCUUUCUGCACCAUGUAAACUGUUACCAAUACAGGCGUCCUAACAGUCGGUUGAGUUCAAGCCCAUGUCUUCACCUCUCAAGCAACUCCAUCUUUCUUGACAUGCACUGCGGCAAUAUGCUAUUAUGGGGAAAUGCCAGACUUUAUAUCAUACCAUGUCCUCUUUACACAUCAGAAAAUUUGCUAAUCCUGCAACUGAGCACUACAUUUACAUUUAUGCAUUUGGCAGACGCUUUUAUCCAAAGCGACUUACAGUGCACUUAUUACAGGGACAAUCCCCCCAGAGCAACCUAGAGUUAAGUGCCUUGCUCAAGGACACAAUGGUGGUGGCUGUGGGGCUCGAACCAGUGAUCUUCUGAUUACCAGUUUACCAGUUAUGUGGUGGUUACACUGGUGGUGACUACAGCAUAUGGGAUGGCUGUAGGGGUUACUUUCACUUUUGGCAUUUACAGGGUCUGGACCGAACAAUAUGAACACAAUAUUGCCCUGAAAUAAAUGAUAUGUUUAUGAAGGAUAUAAUAUAUUUUUGAGAUUUUGUCAGGAAGAUCUUGAUUGAUCUCUGGUUACUUAUUCUGGUGGUGUUUUAUUGGAUUGCAUUAUAAAACCAUGGGCCAAUGACUGGGUGAUGGGCAAUCGAUGGGGUAUCUUUAAAAUGUUAUGUUUGUGAAAUAAAAAAAAAAACCUUUCUCAUGAUUGUCUAGCUCUGUGGGUG